CAACAAAACGACGGAUAUUGCACAACGUAUCGUCAAUACUGAUCUUGCCCCGAAAACUCGCCUGAUCUUCGUGAAAGAUUUGUUUCUAGCUCAGCAUAUUAUUUUGAUAGCAGCGAUAGACCUUAUACUCUGGCUCUACGGUUUCAUCGAGCCGGCUUGCAACUUUAAAAUCUUGAGAAACGGCAGUUUUGUCUCGUAACCAGGCUUGUUUCUUCUGUGCAUUAGUGGAGAGGCCUCAUCAAUUAAAACGAACCUCGCGCACUUCGUGAUAAAUAUAACAAAAAUAUGAGUUACAGAAACUUCUACAUUUUAGAGUAGCUCUAUUUGUUGGAAAAAGCCUCAAUUUAUAUUAGGUGAACCUGAUCUUGAAAAUCUAGUUAUUUAUAGAUCUUGAGUCAAGUAGACUUUCUGUAUCUGGACCUAUAGAGAUUCUAGAUUAGAUCUAGAUCUAGAUUUAAUUGGUUUUGAACUAAACCCGUCCCCGGAAGCCUUCCCAAUUCCCAACUCAAGACAAGUCCAGUUACUCCGAACAGACAGCAACGAAGAGAUGGCAGAGAGCUAGGAAGUGGUCUGAUUAAUGUGCUGUUAUUUGUUAUCAUUUGUGACUUCAUAAUCUAAACUGGCAUUUUCAGAAGUCAUUGAAAUCUUGCCAAUGUUUUCUCUCUCAUCUUCUUUAUCUUUGAUGAGUUACGCUUGCAAUGGAAUUGUAAAAUUAGUAUCAGCUCCAUACCUGACAUCGGGAUUCACCUAGCAGUAGCAGUAUUUGAUUUUGAAUACAAGGAUAUCAUAUUCAUGGCUCUUUAAUGAGUGUAACUUGUGCAUUCUUCUGAGUGAAAGAGUGUUUGGAAAUUUGAACCAAGAUCACAACAAAUUAACUGAUCCCAGCGUCUGUCAGCGAACAUACCAGAUUUAAUCAGGGCCAAUUAAGGAGGUUGUUAGGUCCUUGUGAAGGGCUUUUCUGAGAGACAGAACAUGGCAUCAAAGGACAAUUUGGAGAAAACUUUUAAGGACGGAGAGUAUGAGGACAACCUUCAGGACCAAAGAGAUGAGAUUUUGGCCCUUCAAUCAAUCUUCAACACUGAGGAUCACGAGAAGCUGAAAGUUUUAUCUGAAGUGUCAGAAGAAAAUGAUGGCUUAUACACUUUGCUGAUCACAAUUUGCCCCCGACCAAAUGAUGAGGAAAUUCAGGUGGAUGUCACAGUGGCUGUCAAGCAGGAUGAGGAUGGUGAGGUGAUGGGGGCAGCUGCAGCAGCUCUGGCUCCGAACCCUCCCAACAUUCCUGUGCAGCUCAACAGAACUGUUUCAGGAAGACAAUGGCAAGGUUCUGUUGUGGUCAAGUACCUGACCCCUCUGUACCUGUACGUGACAUUUCCUCCGACGUAUCCGUCUUUGGAUUGUCCAGACUUUCACCUGGCUUGUGAUUGGCUGAGCAGUGAACAGAUCCGGUCAUUGGGUCAGAUGCUGGAAUCAUUGUGGGUGGAGAGUGGAGGAAUGCCUGUUGUAUUUACCUGGAUUGAUGGACUGGAGAACGACACACUGAAUCAUUUGGACAUCACCAACCAUCUAGUCCUCCAUCCGGCUGUCGCGAGCGAAGGAGAGGAAAACGAGUGUGGUGACGGCCAUGCGUAUGAUGAAGAUGAACUCGGAGGGGUUGUAGCCACGCUGAUCAGAUAUAACAGAGAGCAAAUGGACAUAGAGUUCUGCCAGGCCAGUCACGAGUGUCAUGUAUGCUACGACGAGAAACCAGGCACUCAGUUCUUCCGCAUGGCAGACUGUGCCCAUCAUUUUUGUCACGAGUGCAUGAUGACUUUCUGCGAGAUGCACGUCAGAGAUGGCACGGUGGAGGAGCUGAGAUGCCCAGACACAGAGUGUGAUGCCCUUGUCCCACCGUAUAUCGUCCAGGCAGUUCUGAGCCCAGAGGCUUACAUGAGAUGGGAGCAGCUCCUUUUGCAGAAAACUCUGGACGCUAUGUCGGACACGGUGUACUGCCCUCGUUGUGGCAGUCUGGUCAUUGCUGAGGGAGAGGAGGCGCAGUUUUUGGCGCACUGCACCGUCUGCUACUUUUCCUUCUGCACUCAGUGCAACCGGGUCUGGCAUCAGGGUCAGCGUUGUGAAACAGACGAGGAAGUCUUUGAAAGGGAGCAGAAUCGAGACCCAAACAACAUGAACGAGAAGGAGAGGAAGAGAUUUGAUAAAAUUUUACGGAGGAUGGAAAAGAUGAUGGCUGCUAAAAGGGUUAUGAAAGAAACCACAAAGAAGUGUCCUUCUUGCAAAAUUCCGGUGGAAAAAAUGGGGGGGUGCAACAAGAUGACCUGCAAAUGCUCUUGCAUUUUCUGCUGGAUCUGUGGUAAAAAAAUUGAGGGGUACAGCCAUUUCCGCUCGAGCACGUGUGUGUUGUUUCCUGGCUUAGAGGGCCCACCUAUGGGCGCUGGGAUCGUGCGACGACCUCCUGACGCGGUUAUUCAGAUGCAGGCCAGACUUGAACUGAAUCCAGAAUUGAGGAAUAACCGAUGCUCCUGUCCUGUGUGCAAACAGCAGAACCUGAAAGGCAACGAUAAGAACAAUCACAUGAAGUGCUGGAACUGCAAGAGCAACUUUUGUUUCUAUUGCAAGCAAAAAAUCGUCGGGCAAAUAUCUGCUCAUUUUAUGGGUGGUUGUCCUCAUCACUCGUAGUGGAAAGGGGAAAGGUCUCUAGAUCUAUUCUGUUUUAUCAUUAUCAUCAUGGGUCAUUUGUUUGAAAAAAGUGUUUUUUUAACUUCUUGUUUUAUGAAUGAAACAUUUGAAUAAUGUUAAUAAUAAUAAAUAGCAUUUGCAUAGCGCAUACCCCCACUCAAAAGCAAGCUCUAUGCG